AUGGACUUCGCCGACACGAAGACGCAGUACGACUCAAAAGUUUCCACGGAUCUCGAGAAAUUGCCAUCUCAGCAUCAAGGACAGAUUCAAGAUGUGCGCCUUGAAGGUCUUGUGCUCCAGAACGCGGAUGCAAGGAACAUGAGCGGCAAAGAGACAAUCUCCGCAGGCUGGAUCAUAUGCAACAGCUGGGCGGGCAUUGCUGCCACCUUUGCCUUGGCCAUUGCACAAGGCGGCCCAGUGACGUUGAUCUAUGGCCCCAUCAUCAUGUGUGUUCUGGUUGGUGCGUGCGCUAUCUCACUGGCGGAGCUGGCGAGCGUGUACCCUACUGCUGGCGGUCAAUAUCACUGGGUGUCCAUUCUGGCUCCUGAAAGAUGGAGUCGUGGGCUGAGCUACUACUGCGGAGCCACGAACGUGUUCUCCUGGAUAGCGAUCUGUGCAGGGAUUGCCAUCAUCGUUCCCCAAUUGUGCCUCGGUAUGGCGAUCUUCUGGAACCCAUCGUAUGUUCUGCAGGCGUGGCACGCUUUCCUCGUAUACCAAGCCAUCAAUGUGCUGGUUCUCAUGUACAACGUCUACCUACUUCGUCGCACUAUGUGGAUUCAUGACCUCGCUUUCUUCGUGUCAAUCAGUAGUUUCUUUGUAAUCAUUAUCACUUGCCUCGCGCGGACUGCACCGCAUUUUCAGCCCACCAAGUCUGUGUGGGCGACUUUCCUUAACGAGAGUGGCUGGUCCAACGGCGUCGCCUUUCUCACUGGUCUCGUUUCGCCAAACUAUAUGUAUGCCGGUAUUGAUGGUGCGGUACAUCUGGCAGAGGAGUGCAAGAACCCAGGAGUGGUCGUGCCUAGAGCGUUAAUGAGCACGGUAUCCAUCGGCUUCGUCACAUCCUUCAUCUUCGCCAUCAUCAUGAUGUAUUGCACCAGCGAUCUAGAAGCUGUGGUCACGACGGCGACUGGUGUACCCGUUUAUGAAAUUUGGCGUCAGGCAACUCGGUCAGAUGUUGCUGCGACCGUUUUCCUGCUUCUUCUCCUGCUCGCAGCCUUCUUUGCUCUCAAUGCAACCCACCAAACAGCGUCUCGGCUGACUUGGUCUUUUGCACGAGACGACGCUAUCUUCGGCAGCCGCUGGCUCGGUAAGAUCAACGAGAAGCAGCAGGUACCCAUCGCUGCCUUAAUCUUCAACUUCGCGAUCAUGUUCAUCAUUGGCUGCAUCUACUUGGGAUCGACAUCUGCUUUCAAUGCCUUCAUUGGAACUGGUUUGAUCUUGCAGCACGUGACAUAUGCGUUCCCGGUAGUGUUGCUCAUGAUGCGCAAGCGCUCACCAAAGUGGCUGCCGAGUACACGCUCUUUCAAGGUGCCAGCGGUCUUGGGCUGGGCGGCGAACUUGAUUACAGUGGGCUUCGCAAUCCUGGUUUUGGUCUUCUACAACUUCCCAACAGUCAUACCUGUGACUGGUACGAGCAUGAAUUACGCGUCGGCAGUCAUCGGCGUGAUGGCUAUCUUCACAGCGGCAAAUUGGUUCGGACAUGCGCGCAAGCACUUCCAUGGCCCGCGCUUGCAAGUCCUGACGGAGUAG